UGUUGACACCUCGACCCACCAGCCACCUCUGUCUUUCCUAUUAUUAUUGCUUCUAUAUUUAUUUUUCCACUUGAAAACCUUUUUACCUAAUACAUACAAGUGUGCCACUAAUCUAAAUUGAAAGCAAACAUUGAAAAAAAAAAUGGCAGCAAUGUUGUGGGCUUCAAGGGCUGCUUCAUAUCUCAGGAUCUCAACAUUUCACAGAGCUUUUGCCACUGUGGCCAAGGAUUUAAAGUAUGCAGAGUCUCAUGAAUGGGUUAAAGUUGACGGUAAAUCUGCAACAAUUGGCAUUACUGAUCACGCUCAGGAUCAUUUAGGUGAUGUUGUCUAUGUUGAGUUACCUGAAGUUGGGGCUUCUGUUGAACAAUUUGGCAGUUUUGGUGCUGUUGAAAGUGUCAAGGCCACCAGCGAUAUCAAUUCUCCUGUUUCAGGGAAGGUGGUGGAAGUUAAUGAGAAGCUCGACUCCUCUCCUGCUCUGAUCAAUGGAAGCCCAUAUCAAGAAGGAUGGAUUAUUAAGGUGGAGAUGAACAACCCCGACGAGGUCAAAUCGUUGAUGGACUCUGACCACUAUUCAAAGUUUUGUGAUGAAGAAGACGCCAAGCACUGAUUGAAACCCCACAAAGUUGAGCAAGAACACACUUUCCAGCAGGAUUUUUUCAUAGUGCAUAAAGAGGCCUUUCUCCUAAGCCCCAGAAGGUGGAGAGUACUAGUAGUGUUAUUUGGUCUUUGAUACAACAUUUGUUACCAUGACAGUUCUUUUUCUUUGCAAAUAAUUCAGUACUUUGAUGUUGAAUGUCAUCUAGUUUAAUUCUAGUAGUUAUUUUCCUCUUCUGCA